GAAAAUCGAACGUGAAUUGAAAAAUAUCCGUUGCGGUGGUUUUUGUAAUAAAAUCAACAACGAAAAACUGCUAUCAUAAACUUAAAAAUCAUCGGAUGGGUUCAAUCAUCAUGAAAAGUUUGUCUAUGUAUUUGUUUCGAAAAAAAAAAAUUGAUAAAUAAUUAAUAUUUUCCCGUGUAAUCAAUUUCGCAAUCGAACUUGAAGUAUUUCAUAAUUGAAUUUCGUUCUAUAAUUGGAAUAUUGAACGACAAUUAAUUAUUAAAACGAAACCAAUGGUUUUUAAAGAGAGAAUAAAACCCCACCUGAGUGUCCAACAAUAACUGUUCGCUGCAGUUCUGCUUCCACCGAAGUCUCAACAUUCUCAUUCUCACUCUCGCGGUCGUUCUACAUUUACAUUCAAAUUUUCGUCAACAACAACGAGACCGCGAGUCAGGGAUAAAAAAUUAUUUUUCUAUUUCAUUAUUUCCAUUAUUUUUAGUAUAGUUUUGUGAAAGUGUGUUUAUAUAUUAAUAAAAAUGACAGAUGGAACUAUUAACAGAAAUAUUAGCAGUGAUAUUAAUCCCACUGUAAAUGGUAGUUCGAAUUUGGAAAUCGCGCAAAGUAACCAGGAUUUAAUUAUUUCAAAAGGAAGGCCGAAAAAGAGAAAAUGGCUAGUAACUGGCGUUAUAGUAUUAGUAGCAGUGGGUUUGGUAAUCGCUGCGAUUAUCUUGUUAUCAAAAGGAGAUGAUGCCCAUCACAAGGGAGCAGUGGCGGCGACGGCGGCAGCGCUUAACUUAGAAGACUAUCUUAACGGUAGAUUCCAAGCCAGAUCGUUUAAUGCUACAUGGACUUCGAAUGACGAACUUAUUUAUAGUAGAAAAGGCGAUGUUUUACUUCUUAAUCUUCGAGAUAAUACUACAAAAGUACUUCUUCCAGCAAACGAUAAUCUAUUGACAUCAGCUUUCGAUUUUCGACUAUCUGCAGAUGGUUUGUAUCUAUUAGUAGCUUUGAAUUACCAAAAGUUGUAUAGACAUAGUUAUAUUGCCAUUUAUGUGAUUGUCGAUUUGAAUACAGGCGAUAAAAUCGAAUUGAUACCAGGUGGAAAACCGGCACAGCUUGUCGUUUGGUCACCGAUUGGUAAUUCGUUAGUUUACGUUGCAGAAAAUAAUAUUUUUUAUAAAAAAACAGUGAGGGAUACAGCAAUAGCGAUAACAAAGACUGCGGGAUACGUUUCUAAUGGUGUUCCAGAUUGGGUAAACGAAGAGGAAGUGUUAAGUUCAAAUACAGCCCUAUGGUUUUCUCCAGAUGGAAAAAAAUUGGCCUAUGCAAGGUAUAAUGAUACUGAAGUGCCACUUAUGGUGAUACCAGUAUAUGGAGAACCUGGAAGCCUCAUUUUCCAAUAUCCCAGAGCAAAUGUUAUCAAAUAUCCCAAAAGUGGUACUAGUAAUCCAGUGGUUACUCUCCAUUAUGUUGAUUUAGAAAAUCCAAGCAUCGAAUACCAACUCAAAAUAUCAGUUGAUUAUAAAGACCAAGGAAUUCUAUCUGCUGUAAAAUGGGCUACAGACGAAGUUGUCACAGCCAUUUGGUUGAAUAGAGUACAAAAUAAAGCUGCAGUUACUGCUUACGACACUAGAACCAUGCUUUCAUCACCGAAAAUAAUCGCAAAUUUGGCAUCUAAAAACGGUUGGUUAGAAUUGUUUACGCCACCAAUAUUUUCUAAAGACGGGUCCAAACUAAUUUUGAUCCUUUCCCAGGAUCAAGGAGAAAAUGCGGGAGGAUAUAGACAUAUAGUUUUGUUUAAUCGUACUGAAAAUGCCGAAGGGCAACCACUUACACUUGGUAAAUUUGUUGUUACAACCAUAGUCGGAUGGAAUCACGAAAACAAUUUGAUUUAUUAUCUAGCAAAUACAGAAUCGGAUUCUUCAGUGCAACAUUUAUAUACUGUAUCUCCUGAAACGAAGAAUGUUAAUUGUCUUUCUUGCGAUUUGAAAUCGAGUCAUAAUUCAUCAAUACCUUGUGCUUAUAACUUGGCAGAGUUCAGUGGAAACGGUUCAUAUUAUGUUUUCACUUGCGCAGGACCGGAUGUACCCCACAUUUCAAUUUAUGAUAAAGAUGGAAAAAUGGUGACUGUAUGGACUGAUAAUAAGGAAUUGGCGAAUUUUUUGAAAAAUAAACAACUGCCGGUUCUUAAAAAACUAUCAUUUGAUGUCGCAGGUGGAUUUAAAGCAAACGUUUUAUUGCGACUUCCACCAAAUAUGGAUACCAGUGGACAAGUGAAAUAUCCCAUGUUGGUGAAUGUAUAUGGUGGACCUGAUACAUAUCAAGUAGUAGACAAAUUUUUAUUAGAUUGGGGUAGUUAUUUGGCGGCCAAUAAAAGUAUUAUUUACGCAGCUAUUGAUGGUAGAGGUUCGGGUUUAAGAGGUGAUAAAAUCAUGUUUGCAGGAUACCGAAAUUUGGGAACAGUAGAGGUGGCAGAUCAAAUAAACGUUACCAAACUUCUUCAAAAAACACUACCUUAUGUAGAUGCUUCGAGAUCUGCAAUUUGGGGUUGGAGUUAUGGAGGUUAUGCUUCGGGUAUGGCUUUAGCUGAAGAUACUGAAGGAGUUUUUAAAUGUGGUAUAUCAGUAGCACCGGUAACGGAUUGGACUUUGUAUGAUUCCAUAUACACAGAAAGGUUCAUGGGUCUUCCUACGGUGUCGGAUAAUUUAGAAGCUUAUCAAAAAGCUCAAUUGUUGAAAAAUUACGAAGGUAUUAGAAAUAAAGAAUAUUUUUUGAUUCAUGGAACUCAUGACGAUAACGUUCAUUAUCAACAAUCUAUGUUAUGGUCGAAGGUGCUUGAAUUGAAGGACAUAUUAUUUCGACAACAGAGUUAUCCGGACGAAGAUCACAGUUUAGGCUCCGUCCGACCGCAUCUCUACCAUUCAUUGGAAAAUUUCUUAGACGAAUGUUUUAUCAAAAAUGAAAAUUAAAUUUUACAUUCUACUUAAAGAACGAUAUCAACGACUGCGAUUUUUAUUACUUGAACUAGUCAAAAUACGAAAAGAGAAUUCUGUUGUCGGCCAUCGCUGUGAUUAAAUGGAAAAAAUGUAAUCGGACAGAAUCAAAGAUUAUAUGAAAUUUAAAGGGUUAGAAUAUGAAAUAAACAAUACAAUAAACGUGUGAAGAUAUGAAAGGUUUGAGAACAAACUAUUAAAUAAUAUUUUUGGAUAAAAAUAAAUGUUUUUUUUUAAUUUUUCGUCUAUUAGUCCAUAACAAUUAUUUUUUAUAAAACUUGUGCUGUUAGAAGUAUUUCUCUCUUCAAUAUUAUACCCUUGCCUUUCAACUUUCGUAGUAUUUGUCCCUUGGAGCAGUAGUAAUUUGUUGGUGUACGAAUUUUCAACUACUUUUUCUUUAAACCGUUGAAGAGUAUCCCUAUGAUUAUAGUUUGUGUACGAAACCCAUGGGUUCGACCACUGAACAUACCCUUGCUCAUGAGCUUAGCACACAAUAAUCAAUUGGAACAAACUUCGAUAAGUUUUGUGUCAAAUGUCAAAUUUGAAUACAUGUCACAAAUUAUUUGUUUAUUAUUAUCCUUUGUUUAGGUUAUAAUUAAUCAAUAUCAACCAUAUUUAUUUAAAUAAUUAUUAUUAGGUUUCCCAAAUGUUAUUAAAAAUCGGACCAAAUCACAGAAUUUACUUAUAUAUUUGAUGUAACUUUAAAUUUACCAACGACACUUCUUUGUAUUAAAACACUUGAUAGUUUUUUGUAUAUUAUGAAUAAAGUUCCGAAAAGAUCAAACCCCUAUUUUUCUGAGAUUGAUGCCAAAACUUAUCCUUGUUAGAGAAUAUAAUCCCUAAAAGGAUUUUUACUGAUAAAGCUUCAUUUACCAUCCAUGCAUAAAAGUUGAAACAAUUUUAUUCAAUAUCUCCAUAAAUAUUGGUUUUAGACAAAAAAGUUUCAUACAAAAUGUGAAGCUCAUAAACCUAUUCCUUUGGCUAUUAUCCAAAAUAUCUUGGCAGGAGUCUACUGGAACCUCCUCUAGGUGUGUAAGCUUUUUAAUGGGUUCCAUUUUUUGUCUGAAAUUUUCAUUUUUCAAAUCAAUAUUUUCAGAAAUAAUGAUUAAAAUUGUUAUAACUUUAAAGAGGGUUAGAUUAUAUUUUCAGAACUACACCCAAUUUUAUUAUAAUUAUUGUCUCUGCGUUAUUGUGAUCAAAUAAAUCUCUGUUGAUAUUUAAUGUUUAUAAA